ACACGUGUAGGACACUUUGAAUGUUUUACUAGGACCGGUUAAACUUUCCCGGGUAUUUGUAUUCAGCUGGCUUUCCACGUUUUAGAAGCAAACUGUCUUUAAGAUCGUCUGUAACUGCGACAAAUAAAACUACACCAAAUCAAGUCAACGUGUCUUCAUUUACUCACAGCCAAUGAACGCUACAAUGAAGUAUAUUCUGGUCACGGGUGGUGUAAUCUCGGGGAUUGGUAAAGGUAUCAUCGCCAGCAGCGUCGGCACGAUACUAAAGUCCUGCGGUCUUCACGUCACAGCCAUUAAAAUUGACCCGUACAUCAACAUCGAUGCUGGCACCUUCUCCCCUUACGAACACGGUGAAGUUUUUGUGCUGGACGAUGGGGGAGAGGUGGAUUUGGACCUGGGGAACUAUGAGCGAUUCCUGGACAUUCGGUUGACCAGAGACAACAACCUCACCACCGGCAAGAUCUAUCAGUCAGUUAUUAACAAAGAGCGAAGAGGAGACUACCUGGGCAAAACUGUACAGGUGGUACCGCACAUAACUGAUGCCAUUCAGGACUGGGUGAUGAAGCAAGCCAAGGUACCAGUGGACGAUGAUGGCAUGGAACCUCAAGUGUGCGUCAUAGAGCUGGGCGGCACAGUCGGAGACAUAGAGAGCAUGCCUUUCAUCGAGGCCUUCCGCCAGUUCCAGUUCAAAGCCAAGAGGGAGAACUUCUGCAACAUCCACGUCAGUCUGGUUCCUCAGCCCAGUGCCACCGGUGAGCAGAAGACCAAACCAACACAGAACAGCGUGAGGGAGCUGAGAGGGCUCGGCAUAUCUCCAGACCUGAUCAUGUGCCGCUGCUCCACACCCCUCGAUAACUCGGUAAAGGAGAAGAUCUCCAUGUUUUGCCAUGUGCAACCCGAACAGGUGAUCUGCGUCCAUGAUGUCUCGUCCAUCUACAGAGUGCCCCUCCUGCUGGAGGACCAGGGUGUGGUGAAUUAUUUCUGCCGCCGGCUGGACCUGCCGAUCGAGAGCAGGCCCCGGAAGAUGCUGACCAAGUGGAAGGAGAUGUCCGAUAGGUCGGACAGAUUGCUGGAGCACUGCUCCAUCGCCCUGGUGGGGAAGUACACAAAGUUCUCAGACUCGUACGCAUCGGUCAUCAAGGCCCUGGAGCACUCGGCACUCGCCAUUAGCCAAAAGCUGGAGGUUAAGUAUAUCGACUCUGCGGACUUGGAGCCUGCUACCUUACAGGAGGAACCCGUGAAGUAUCAUGAAGCCUGGCAGAAGCUGUGCAGCGCAGAUGGUAUCCUGGUACCAGGAGGUUUUGGAGUAAGAGGGACGGAAGGCAAGAUGCACGCCAUCAGCUGGGCUCGAAAGCAGAAGAAGCCUUUCUUGGGUGUGUGUUUGGGAAUGCAGCUCGCAGUUUGUGAGUUUGCCAGGAAUGUUCUGGGCUGGGCAGAUGCCAACUCCACGGAGUUUGACCCAGAAUCAAAACACCCUGUGGUGAUUGACAUGCCUGAGCACAAUCCUGGACAAAUGGGCGGCACAAUGAGGCUGGGAAAGAGGCGUACCAUCUUUAAGACAAAAUCCAGCAUCUUGAGAAAACUUUAUGGGGAUGCAGACCAUGUGGAUGAAAGGCACAGACACCGUUUUGAAGUGAACCCAGAACUGAAGCAGCAUUUUGAGGAGAAAGGCUUCCACUUCGUGGGGCAGGAUAUGGAGGGAGAGAGGAUGGAGAUCAUAGAGCUGGAGGACCAUCCCUAUUUUGUGGGCGUGCAGUACCACCCGGAGUUCACAUCCAGACCGAUCAAGCCUUCCCCUCCCUACUUUGGCCUGCUGCUGGCUGCAGCGGGGAAGCUGCACAGCUACCUUCAGAAAGGAUGCCGCCUCUCGCCACGAGACACAUACAGUGACCACAGUGGCAGCAGUUCUCCAGACUCAGAGAUAGCAGAAUUCAAGCUACCCUCCCUUUCCCAGGACUGACCCCUGAACAGACUGCAGUGAAAGGCACUGAAGACUGUUUUAAUGCAUGCAGCCAACCACCCCCUGCCACUCCAAUGGUUGUUUAUCCACAAUGCGUCUGUUCAUUUUCAGUAACAAUAGUACUAAUACUGUUAACUAUGUGUUCAAUGGCAAUGAAUUACAAUAUUGAGCAGGUGGCUGGGUACUUUUUAAAAGGCUUUAAAAACAUUAGCCCAUGUAAGCUAUAUUGCACCAGAGCUCAACCUACACCUUAAAGCAGUUCCUUACAUGAAGUUAUUAUUCAAGCAGAAGAGCUUAAAGUAUUUAAGUUAUCAUUAUGAACUUUACAAGAUUCUUCUGGAGGUAAGAAUUACACAGCAAGUCAUUUUUAUUAAACUGAAAGCUCAAUGUUUAUUAUAUAAAUAAAGUGGUUAAAAGAC